UGCAGUGGUGUCUGACAGCCUCAUCAUCACUUUGCCUUGGCUCGAGGGAAUUACCAUCCACCUUUCGACACACAUUCAAACUGCAGCCAGUGGAACUAAACUAAGAUCAGAGGGAUCAGAAGUCCUCAGCAAAGUCAAUUGUAGGAGACUUGGCUGUUACCAUUUAUUAGUGGACAUUUUAAGAUGCUUCUGUAUUUUAACAUCCUGGUGCUGCUCCUCCUGCAGCCGGCUCUGUCAAACCCCAUGCCGCUGACAAAACCAUCCAGAGGAUGUCCCACCUGUAAAUCAAAGUCCACACAGAGUCAGCCGGCUGUAGCUCUAAAUGCCACCGCUCCGGGCAUUGGAGAACCAUGCGGGGUCUACAUUCUGAGCUGCACCCAUGGUCUACGUUGUGCACCUUUAGAGGAUGAGCCAAGGCCCCUCCGUGCCCUGCUGGAAGGCAGGGGAGUCUGCAGUAAUGCCAGCAGCAUCAGCCCGACUGAAAAUGCCCAUACUGUAGAUCCAGCUCCUACUGAGGAUCCAGAUGAGGCUCCAUGUCGGAAACUGCUAACCACACUUAUCAAAGGUCUUGAUGCCCAUUUAUUUAAGUCAAAUCACGAUAUCUACAUGCCCAAUUGUGACAAGCGUGGUUUCUUCAGGAAGAAGCAGUGUUGGUCGUCUCGAGGUAAGCACCGUGGCAAAUGUUGGUGUGUGGAUCCAAACGGCAUGCCUGUCCGCUCCAACACUAAACAGAAGGGCGGCCUGAGGUGUUAAAGUGCAUGAAGCCUGGACUGAAGCAGGAGAGACGGAAGCUUUAUUAAUGACACAAGAUAAAGAUGAAGGAACACCAAUACAGAGUCUAAAGGAGCUCAACACAGUCUCACAUCCCAUUCUCCACCAGCCAGAAACAGCACUCCACCAAUGAAAAGCUGUUUCCAAAUCUGGUGCAGCUUUGUCUCCUUGCGCCCUCUACUGAACAUACAAGGGCUGUAUUGAUUGGACAUUACUUUUGUAUCUACUUAUAUGAGAUGUAUAUUUACACUAUAUUACAUUUAUAUUAAAGGGCACAUUAUCCAGACUAGCUUCACACUGUAGCAUGCGUUGUAGAAACUGCACCUAUAGUUUGAGCUACACAAAUUCAAGUUGUUCACAUUCAUGUUUCAACAGUUUAACUCCAUUUAAUAUUUUAAGCCAUCAACAGACAUCAGGAACAAAUUUGGAUCAAUGUAUCAUGUAUUAUCAUAUAUUUUACUUUGAAACCGCUGUAAUCGUAUUAUUGUAAUUGCUGUACAUAUAAUUUAAAUAUGACAUUCUAUUUAUGUUAAAAUUGCUCAUACUUUAAGUAAGUAAUUUAUCAGUAGUUGCCCAUCAGUGCAGACACCAGAGGUAUUAUUUUAUAAAACAGAAAUUCUAAUGCCAAAUUAGAUGAGGGUCAUUAUUGUUAUGAUUUUUUUGUGUGCUUUCAUAAAGAAAACAUUCCUCUUGCAGAAUAAGAGAAAGUGUGUGAAGGUUGAAACUGACAUUGACAGGCAACAUUGCAAACAUGACUUCAUGGAUGCUUUGUGGAUUUUGUG